GUUUCUACUGUUGUUGAGCAUGACGACGAUUUUGUCGAUGCUAAUGAUAAUGUUUCCACUGAUGCUAAGGAUGAUGAAGUUGAUGAGCAUCGUGAUGCUGCUGAUGAUGAGGAUACGGAUGUUGAUAGAGAUUAUGAGAUUUUAAUAAUGAUGUUCUAUACUUCUGCUGAGGUCCCUAAUGAUUAUGAUUAUUAUUAUGGUGAGAAUCGUUAUGAUGCUGCUGAUGCUGAUAAUGAUAAUGCUGAUGUUUCUGAUGAUGAUGAUGAUGAUGAUGAUGAUGUUAAUAAUGAUGUCUACGCUGUCGAUUUCAAUGUUAAUGUUUCUACUGUUGUUGAGCAUGACGACGAUUUUGUCGAUGUCAAUGAUAAUGUUUCCACUGAUGCCAAGGAUGAUGAAGUUGAUGAGCAUCGUGAUGAUGCUGAUAAAGAUUAUGAUGAUUUUAAUAAUGAUGUCGUUGCUACUGAUGUUGCUUUUAAUGCUACUGCUGAGGCUGAUGAUGAUGCUUGUGUUGUUGAGCAUAGCGAUACUACUGCUGAGGUCGCUAAUGAUUAUUAUUAUAAUUAUGUUGAUAAUCGUGAUGCUGCUGCUGCUGCUGAUAAUGAUAAUGCUGAUGUUUCUGAUGAUGAUGAUGAUGAUGAUGAUAAAGGCUUUUUGGCGAGGAUGACGCAGGCCUUUGCUUCAAUUAAUCUAUCGGCUGAACUCCCCACCAUUCGCCUCAAUAAAAUGCGACAAAUGGUCUGUCUCGUCAACACUCCGAUUCCCGAUGGUCAUGGCCGCUGA